GCGCCACGGUAACUUUAUAACUUUUAUGUUCAUAAACCGGAAUGUAACUUUCCCGUGGAUGUUCAAUUGGUUCAAGACAGCUCCCUCUUUUUGUUUGGAAGAACAAAGGCUGAGUCGGCUUACCAAGGUCAAUAGGAUUAACUAUUGUGUCUUUGUUGAAGACGAACGAAGAGAACUCGAUUCCAGGAAUGACGUGAAGUCUUACAUUUUGAUCGGAAAGAAUUAUCUGGAAAACUUGAAACAACUUGCAGAAGCAUACCCUGGUACUCAACGUAAGCAAGUUAAAAUCGUCCAGGCGCAACGAGAUUUCCAAAGACUUUGUGAAAAAAGGGAAUAUCUAGUCAAUAGUUUGCGAAAGUGGUUAUCAGGCGUCUCGACUAGUGGCCCCAAAAAGUUUGGUGAAUAUAGAAAGGGAAAGAAACAGCUCGUUAUGGACAAAUUUGGACAGGAAUUCGCGAAUUGUUUGUUGGAGUUAAACUUAUCUAUUAGAAAGCCGUUUGUUACAAUCUUAUUGGCGGAUUUCCCUGUUACAACUAGUAUUUGGAAGAGAAUGCAAAGGAAACGAAAUUUGGAUGUAAACAAUUCUCAAUAUGCGAUUGACACUUGUGAAACAAAAGAUGGCAGUAUUAGCCAUCAAAGUAAUUUCGUUGCAAGAAAACAAGAAGUUAUGUUGAGUAGCCAAGAAGUAGAGGAACAACCUGAUUUAUUGAAGUUUAGUGAAGGAUUAGCAGAUAUGCAAACUAGAGAAUUUUACGAAGCACUUUUCGAAUCCAUGAGUUUUCAUCCAAAAGGUGUUGUCGCAAGUUAUCGUCUGCGAGAAACCUUAGAAUGUCUUCUUCAGCCAUCUUUUGAAACUCCAGCUUUUAUAUAUUUUGGAAACUCUACGUAUGACUGGGAAUUGUACAAAGAUAGCCUAGAAUCCUGUUUGCAGCAGCUUUUGCGUUAUGUAGAGCUAUUCUACAGACAGUGCUUUCUUGAAGUGGGAAUCCUUGAGCAUGGUAAUCUCCAAAGACUGCUUCCAUUCUAUCGAAAGAGUUUGGAGAUAUCAGCUUGUUCAAGUUCUGAGUCAUCUCGGGUGGCUAUGGAACGUUUUGUACAAUGUGGUAGAAGAAUUUUUCAUCUUUACCACAAACAAUUUCCAUCUUAUCCAUUAGCUUUCGCAGAUGUGGUUGUCACUUCUAGGAUUCCCCAUUCAGUGCGAGAAGUGGUAGAUUUGCAGUUGGACUGGAAUGAUGUUAUGAAGAAUCAGGAGAAAACGUCAUUUAAUAUCGUUGUACUGGAAUGUGUACCUUCCUCUGAUAAGCACAUACGAGCGGGAUUUCAUCACGAAUUAUUGUCGCUUCUCUUGUACGAUUGUUUGCCUCAAAUUUUUGGUAACAUUGGUAGGCGAGUCUACUCUUUGAGUCAUAUUUCUGGCUUUCUUUCAUGGCUAUGCUUUCAGUAUGAAAUAGCGUUAGGUCUAAGACCCCAACACCGUUCAUUGAUUCCUCAUGACUCUGUGCAGUUGAUCGGCGAAAUUAUUCGUAGGAUUCAAACAAGUGGUUGUAAGGAAAAGGAAAUGGACAAGGAAAUGUUGGAAAAGGCAAAGAGUACAAUGCUAUCUCUUUGUGCUCACUAUCUUUUGAUUGUUCGUAGACGAGAUGGCCUACCCGUAGACCCUAACUGCGCUUUUCAUAUUAUGAAUGGGGCAGAAUUACAUCAACUAUUAUGGGCUGCGGAUGAAGGAAUGAAAGGUUUGACAGAAAGUGCUCAUAUCAUGUCUAUGUUUUGUUAUCAUCUAGAAAGACGUUUAACCACAGCCUACAAAUUUGCAUCUACCAGUAAAAUUUCUACUAGUAAUGAAAUUGAAAAUUUAUUGCAGCUAAAGAGUACGUCAACUGAUGAUGAUAGCAAGGAAAGAUGAUCAACUUUAGAAAUUUUGCACAAGUAAGUUCAGAAAGAAAUAGUAUCUAAAAAAA